AUGUCCCCGCCAGCUAUCAUUGCUCCCUCCAUCCUGAGUGCCGACUUCGGCACCCUGGGCAGCGAAUGCUCGACCAAGAUCGCCCAAGGAUCCGACUGGUUGCACGUCGACAUCAUGGACGGCCAUUUCGUCCCCAACAUGACCUUUGGCGCCCCCGUCGUCACCAAGAUUCGCUCUCACGUUGCUCGUCCUACCGAGCCCCACGGCAAGGGCACCUUUGACUGCCACAUGAUGAUCCAGGAGCCCCACAAAUGGGUCAAGGACUUCAAAGACGCCGGCUGUGAUCUCUACUGCUUCCACUACGAAGCCGCCAUUUCCUCCACCGCUGCUACCAGUCCCGCCGACAACACCACAACCACCAAGACCAGCCCCAAGGACCUCAUCCGCUAUAUCCACGACGAGGGCAUGCAGGCCGGAAUUGCCAUCAAGCCCGAUACCCCCGUCGACGUGCUCUGGGAUAUUCUGGCGAAUGAGAACGAGAAGGAACGUCCGGAUAUGGUCCUGGUUAUGACCGUUCACCCCGGAUUCGGUGGUCAGAAGUUCAUGGCCUCCGAGCUGCCCAAGGUCAAAGCUCUGCGCGAGAAAUACCCUAACCUCAACAUCGAGGUGGAUGGUGGCUUGGGACUGGGUACGAUUGACCAGGCUGCUGAGGCUGGCGCCAACGUCAUCGUUGCGGGCUCGGCGGUCUUUGGCGCUCAGGAUCCCGCCGACGUCAUCGCUAAGCUCCGCGAGACUGUCAACAAGUAUCGCAAG